UUUUGGUGUUGUGUUUUACCUUAAAAACAAAAACCCUGGAAAAACCUCUGGAAGUGGAAAACGAUGGGAGGGACGAUUGAAGAAGAUGAUUCAAUUGUGUGUAUAGACCAAUCCUUCUUUAUGAAUGAUGACUAUCAGCUCAAGACUUUCACUUUUGGAUCUCAAAUCCUUCAACUCUACUGUCUCCAGUCAGCUUCAACUGAUUUUGACUUAACGGGACAGUUGGUUUGGCCUGGCGCGAUGCUUAUGAAUGAUUAUCUCUCAAAGAAUGCAGAAAUCCUCCGAGGAUGUUCAGUUCUAGAACUAGGAUCUGGUGUUGGAAUUACUGGAGUUCUUUGUAGCAGAUUUUGCCGCAAAGUCAUCAUGACUGAUCAUAAUGAUGAAGUUAUCAAGAUUCUGAACAAAAACGUGGCGCAUCAUUCCUCAGACGACAGUUUGGUUGAACUCAUGGCUGAGAAGCUAGAAUGGGGAAAUACUGAUCACCUCAGUCAAAUUUGUGAAAAGCAUCCAGAAGGAUUUGAUAUGAUUCUUGGGGCUGACAUUUGCUUUCAACAAGUGAGCAUCCCAUUUCUUUUUGACACUGUAAAAGAGCUACUUGACAUUAGUAGGAAGAAGAAGAGACAUUGCAAAUUUCUACUGGCCUAUGUUUCUCGAGCUAAAGUCAUGGAUUCAUUGGUUAUUAGUGAAGCUAUUGGGCAUGGUCUGCAGAUAGAUGAGAUUGCUGGAAGCCAAACCAUUGUAGGAAACCUUCAAGGAAGGAUAUAUGAGAUCACACAACAGUAAAAUUAUCUGUUUUUUUUUUUUUUGUGUUCAUUUGAGAGAGACUUUAAACUUUAUCUGUAUUGGGACAAAACAUAGUUAAUGCAAGAGUUGUGCCAAUUUUAGUUAGGGCAAACUGGCUAAAUUGGAUA